GCAUCACGUGUCUCUCUCUCUCUGUAGUUCCAGGCAGAUUUUGACAUGUUUAUUCCUCUCCAACAGCUCUACUGUGGUUUCUCUCUGACGUGUCAUCUGCUGGCAGGUGUUCAGAAAUGUGCUGUAUGUGCUUCUGAAUUACACAGCCCGGAUCACUGUGCAGCAGAGGACCAAGGAACGGGGCACAAACAUGAAAGAGGGAAGUGGCGUUUCUCCCAUGUGGAAAGUGUUGCUGGUGGGGAUGUGCGUGCUGCUGCUCCUGAGCACGGCAGGUUUAGUGUUUCUGCUGUUUCGGCAGAAAGAGUUGGCAGACGAGCUGUUUAGGCUGGAGUCCCAGCUGCAGGAGCUGACAGAGAGCUGCAGGUUGCGGGCGGGAAUCCUGCCCAUCGACCCCGGAGAGGCCCGAGAGUUCAGGAAGCUCCACCGCCGCAGGAGAAACCAGGAAGAAGAUCCAACGCAAAGCCAAGAUCAGAAGGAUAUGCUGAUGCUCAUGACAUACUCUAUGGUUCCUGUCAAAGCCUUCACAGACAUGUGCAGGAGCUCCAAAGGAAUUUGUUUAACAGGCCCACCUGGACCGCCAGGUGAACCCGGUUCACCUGGACCAGCGGGUCCACCGGGGCCAGAGGGGAGACGAGGAAGAAAAGGUCUUCCUGGUCCACCUGGUCCACCCUGCUCCGCCUGUUGUUCCACUGACGUGAAAAACAAGAUUACUGAAGGAAGUAUUCGUCAAAUUCACGCAUGGAGAGAAUCACCGACACCACGUCCAGCUGAUAACACCACUAAUGUUUUGAAUGUUAGUGGCACAAAUAUAAAAUUAGAUUUUGGUUCUUUUUAUCCAAACCACAGCCAAGACGCCUUCAAUGAUACCAAAAAAGAAAAUGUCACAGAGGUCCCAGCAGGCGAGAGGUCCCAAUCAUCAGCAGGCCUGCUGAGUGUAGCCUUAGGCAACAACAGCGACUCCUUCAGAAAUGUUACUGUUACUACAGUGGAAAGUGAGUGGGUAUCACCUCACCCAGAUUACCAAAGUGACAACGUGACUGAAAUCAAUCCAGAAAAUGUUACAGAAGCACCAAUGAAUUUAUUAGCAGUGUUACCGACACCAGGUGAGCCUCAUGAUGCUAGAAAUGCUCUCUCUGAGGAACCAUUAGACACAUAUUUGAAAGCUGAAUCACCAACAGCACAUCCAGCUGAAAACUUCAUAGAUGCUUUGAAUGUCUCUGACUCUGAGAAACUGGACAAUAAGACAGAAUCAGAGCAUUCACCGUUUUAUGAAGAUUACAGCUACAGCACAGCGAUUCUUACAGACCCCGAAGUCAUCACAAAGGCAGCAGGAAAAUUAACAGAAUCACCAACAGAUCGUCCAGCUGCAAACACCAGAGGAGACACAAAACCAUUUAUGCACAACUUUAAUGAUACCAACACUGAAAAUGUUACAAAUGGACCAGUACAAUUAUUACCAGCUCCACCUGAUGCAGAUAUAAAUAGUGACUCCUCUAAUGGCAGCAAAACUUUCAUUAAAGCAACCCUGAAAACGGAAUCACCAACAGUGUAUCCUCUUCAGAAAACCACCACAGAUGCUUUGAAUGUCUCUGAAUCUGAGAAACAUCUGGGCAUGAAAGUGAAAACAGAACCAGUAACAUUUGAUGAGGAUGAAAGCCAGGGGACCUUGAAUGAUACAGAAACUAAAGGACCAGUAAUGAUGUCAACAGAAUCACCAACAGAACAUUCAGCAGAAAACUCCAGAGGUGCUUUGAAUGUUUCUGACUCUGAGAAACUUUCAGAUGCAACAACAGAACUUGAGUCCUUAAAUUUGGAUCAAAAUGACAGCCAGGGCUCCUGGAAUGAUACCGACACUGCAAAUGUCACAGAGGGGCCAGUAAGAGUAUUAAUAGCCCCACAUGAUCCCAACAUAAAGAGUGAUACAUUUAAUGGCAGGAGAACCAUCAUUAAAACAAGCACAAUAGCAGUAACACCAACACCACAUACAGCUGAAAACACCAGAGAUGCUUUUACUGUUCCUGGUUCUAAAAAGGAUGCAGACAAAACAGUAGAACCUGAGCUAAAAUCAGCUGAUAAAGAUGUUGCCUUCAAUGUUGCUAAACGAAAUGCUACAGAGGCACCAGUGACACGAUUUAGAGGUUCACUUUCUGAAGAACUGGAUAAAAACAGAGACACUUUCAAUAACAGUGGAAACGUCAACGAUAAACCCAUGACAACUGAUUCUUCAAAUAAGCUCUGGUCUGAUAAUAAGAUCAGUGUGACCACCGGUGACAAAUCAACAGAAAGUGAGUGUAUUAUUAAAAGCAUAAAAUGCUCAGAGAAGCCCACUGAAAUGGAAAGCACCUAUGGAGCCUGGAUGUCAGACGCGUCGCAGCUGGAUGAAGAUCGGUACUGGCUGGCCGAUCAUUUUUCAGGUCGACAUUUGCAGGAGUAUCACAACCUUUCAACGCUGCAAAACCCUAAAAACACUACAGACACCAAGAGGUUCUACCAGGGGUGUGGCCAUGUUGUUUAUAAAGGAUCAUUUUACUACCACAACGGUGGAAAAAACAGACUUAUAAAAUUUGGUCUGAAAAAGAAGAUAACGCAGAUUCUGACCAUGCCAGACACCAGAUAUCACAACCUGAAUUAUCUUUUUCGAAACUCAAAGACAUACUUCAAGUUUGCUGUGGAUGAAAGUGGACUGUGGGUCAUCUUUGCCUCAAACGCAGAUGACAGCACACUGGUCGCAAAGCUCAACGAUGACACAUUCUCUAUAGAGUCUGUCAUAAACACCAACUACCCAACGGCUAAAGCAGGAAAUGCUUUCAUUGUGUGUGGGGUGCUGUAUUUUACAGAUGACAAAGACAGAAGGGUGACAUAUGCCUAUGAUUUAAAGAAAGAGAGUCCUGUGGAUGCAGGUUUUGAUAUAAGAUCAGGUAAUGGAAUCUUGGCUAUGCUGUCGUACUAUCCCAACAAAAAGCUUUUGUACGUGUGGGACAACAAAAGUGUGAAUACCUGCAGAGUUAAAUUCAAAAAGACCUAAAAAUAAAUAAUCAAACUCUAUGACAUCAUGCAGUUGGAUUCACAAAGCAUUGUAUGGUUUAGUUUUGUCACAAUAUACAGGUAAAUAAUUGCGCAAUUUUUCUUUUUGUGUGCUUUUCAGUUUAGUUUGUAAAAAACAACCAAAAACCAAAGACCAAUAGUAUUCAUAGCAACGUAUAUUUUUGUAUUUUUCUGUAGACCGACUUCUGUACUGAAAGUCUUAUAAUCCGGUCAAAUAAAAGGUGUGUGAGACCUCUUUAAAAAUAAUCAGGUUCUGCUGUGUCAACAUGAUGUUUAGCAUUUUUCACUUCUCUCGAGAGCCUGCCUUAAUGAGUAUGUGGAUGUGACAAAGCUAUCUGAAUACAUGAAGGUGGUGUACAGGUGGUGGUGGACGGCAGAAGCUCACAAUCCAAGUUUUGUCCAGGAGCCUGAAGAGAUGACACACUGGAACAGCUAACUCUGCGGCUGGGUUGAGACAUUUGAAAUCAGACUUUCAGUGUACAUUUAUAUGAGUAGUUUUUGUUUGCAUGUCUUACUUUGUACAACUGACUGGGAGAAAAGUUGUAACCUUACACAUACACUCAUUGGCUAAUUUUUAGGUACACUUUGCUAGUACCGGGCUGGACCUCCUUUUGCUUUCAGAACUGCCUUAAUUACCAUACAAAUGUUGCAGUAUAAACUAAGAACCAUUAAAUCAGGUAAUGUUUGUUCAGAACUUCUGUUGUUUAAUUUUGGUGAGCAUUUGUGAAUUCAAUGUAGACAGGAGAGGCAGUCUUGAGUGUUAUGUUAACACAAGUGAUGUCAAACCUAUAGCCCAUAUUUCUGAGAGUAUUCUUCAUUUCUUUCUUUGUUUAAAGUUACAUGCAUUAAAAUGUCAAACUAC